AUGGCACCGCCCCCACCACUUCCGCUCCGGGCCCGGAAGUCUCUCCCCGGCGCCGGAAGCGCGGCGGGCCCACUUCCUCAGAGCCGUCCCCCGCCCGGACGUGGAGGCCAGGUCCCGCUUCCGGCUGCGGGUGUGCGCGGGUUCGGCUCCCCGCGCGCCCCGGAGCGCUGUCCCGGGAGCGCCGCUACCCCGGAGGCCGGCGCCGACAGCUCGGGCCGCGGGCGCGCCAGGAGGGCGCCGGUGCGGGCGCGCGCCCCGUGCGGGGCCAUGAACGGGACGGCCAACCCGUUGCUGGACCGCGAGGAGCACUGCCUGCGGCUCGGGGAGAGCUUCGAGAAGCGGCCACGGGCCUCCUUCCACACCAUCCGCUAUGACUUUAAGCCAGCAUCUAUAGAUACUUCCUGUGAAGGGGAGCUUCAGGUGGGCAAAGGAGAUGAAGUCACAAUCACGCUGCCGCAUAUCCCUGGGUCCACGCCACCAAUGACUGUGUUCAAGGGGAACAAGCGGCCGUACCAGAAGGACUGCGUGCUCAUCAUCAAUCACGACACUGGCGAGUACGUGCUGGAAAAGCUCAGCAGCAGCAUCCAGGUCAAGAAGACGAGAGCUGAGGGCAGCAGCAAAAUCCAAGCCCGGAUGGAACAGCAGCCCGCUCGUGCCCCGCAGCCACCCCAGCCACCACUGCCUCCGCCGCCCAUGCCAUUCAGAGCUCCAACGAAGCCGCCCGUGGGACCCAAAACCUCUCCUUUGAAGGAUAACCCCUCACCUGAACCUCAGCUGGAUGACAUCAAAAGAGAGCUGAGGGCGGAGGUGGACAUCAUCGAGCAGAUGAGCAGCAGCAGCGGGAGCAGCUCCUCGGACUCCGAGAGCUCGUCAGGGAGCGACGACGACAGCUCCAGCAGCGGGGGCGAGGACCAUGGCCCCGCGUCCCCCGCGCAGCCGCCGCACCAGCAGCCCUACAGCAGCAGGCCCGUCGCCAACGGCACCGGCACCGGCACCGGCACUGGGCGGCCGCAGGGAAGCAGCCAGCUCAUGAGCACCCUCAGAAAUGACUUGCAGCUGAGCGAGUCUGGCAGCGACAGUGAUGGCUAGAGCCGGGUCUUUGGAAAUCAGCUUUUCGGUGUUCGGUGCACAGACCUGCUGCGAGACCGGGCUGCUGGAGCAUGGGUGCACACUGGGUGGGGGGAGGUGUGGGUGUCAGUGGCUGCAGGACGCGUCGGAGGCUCUGGGGCGCUCAGAUGUGCAUGUCUUUAACUUAGUGGUGAUGGGUGACUUUCUCGUGUGAUUUUUGAACAAUCUCACGUUUCAGAGUUUUAAGUAGAUCUGUAGAAGAACUAACAGAAUUAUAUCUCUAUUUGGUUAACACUGUUAACGAAAAACAGACAAACAUGUCCUAGUCUAGGUUGCUCAAAGGCCGUUUCUUCACCUGGCCAGUGAUUCAGUUUUAAACCACAGCAGUCACCAGCUUGGCCAGAUGGUUUGCACCAGUGAAAUGAAACACAGUCUUUGAGGGGUAGGGGAGAGGGAAACCUCAUACUGUAGCACAGAAACAUGUUUAAACCACUUUCAAUUAUUGACACAAAGUGGCGAGGACGUUCUCUCUGACCCAGCCUGGUAGGCCUGUGUAGAAAUGGACUUGAGUGUGGAGUCCGAGAAUGUCGGCUGGGGGGGCCCUAGGGCUCUGCUGGCUCAGCCCCUCGUCUGCAGGUGAGGAAAGGGAUGGGUACAGCUGGUUUAGGGCCCGUGCCUUGCCCCACGUCCAGGCUUACCCCCGCUCCCACCCCUGAAUCUCACCUGUUGGAACCAGAGAUUUUUAUACAUGGGACUUAGAGUUGUGCUUUGGAGCUUUUAUUGGAUUCCAAGAGACAGGAGUGGUGGCUACUUUUAGCUCCAGUUUAGAUCCAAACAGUCCCUAAGUACAUGAGGCCGGGGGAGCACCCACUCCGGGGGCCCUGUGGGUGUCACCUUCACAGACUCCCCGUCAGUCGGCAGCCACUGUACUGGUGCAUGUGACUCGAUUAACUUGAGGCUUUUAGUUCCAUGUGGAUCUGUAAUGAGUGUGUGUCUUUCAGUGGGUGUCAGUGGGGGUUGGGAGUGGAGGGAGGGGUGGGUGGAGGAGCCUCUCUGAGCACAUGAGCCAGCAACCGGUUUCCAGACCAGAAUCCAGGUGGGACUCGUGUGCUGUGAAAUGAGCAUAUGUCUUGAUAAGGUUUUUCUGUUCAUGCUUUUGUACCACUGUUUGUGUCUGACCCCCAGACUGAUUUGUAUUUAUCUAUAUGCAACUAGAAGAAAGUCACAAGGUUGCCUUCUGCAGUAUGCGGUUUCCAAUGAGUCUUUUGCUGCAGGAAACUGGUCACUAGUAAAAUGUUCUAUGUGCAGCGAGUGAGUGUUGAGUUGUCCCGUACUUAGUGUGGAGUAGCCCAUUCUGUAAUCUGAAUGACUACAUCCUGAGAGAUUUCUCUCUGCUUUGGUUCAGUGGGUGUCAAGAAUAGGAAGAGUUAUUUUUCUUCCUCGGGGUGGCCUCUCCCUCCCCAGCUAGUGGAGGAGAGCAGUCUGGACCUAGAAAGAAAUCUGAUGAUCCGUGGUGGGGGCUGGGAGUUGAGCCUAACAGACACACCUGUGUGAGCCACACAGCGACCACACAGCGACCCCGGAGAGCUGGAGAAGGGGCCUGGCAGCACGCUGCCGCCGCGCUGCCAGGUGUGGUUCAGGCCGUCCACGCCGGUGCCCGGUGCCAGCUUCUCAGCCCGUUAGGAGGCGCCAGAGGAUUUCAUGGCAGGUAGGAACUUGCUGAUAAUCAGUUGAUCGUUGCUUUUUAACUCCUUGGUGAUGACAGCUCAGGGGAGCUGAAGGUCGUGGUCAGGAGGCUUGAACUGUGGCUGGACAUGAGGAUCAUGUCACCGCUCUUAGCUUGCUCAAGCUGGGGCAGCUUCCGGGAACUUGAACUAAAAAUAUCUAUUUAAACCUCUCUCUUUUUUUUUUCCUCCCAAAGUCUCGAUGUACGUAGAUAGAACUGGGGCCUGUCGGGUCAAGAUGUUUGUUCCUAUAGGAAGUGCUUGCAGGUGUCAGUGGGCUUGGUGAAUCAGGCUCUCUGGUCUCAGAUCCUCUCCCCAGCAUCCGUCCUCCCCGCCCUGCCUGGUUGUACCAUCUGCUAGCACAGCUCCACAGGCCCUCCAGCUUUACCCAGCAGAGUAAGGAAUCUUUUCUUUUUGGAAAUGAAGAAUCUGGCCUCAUAAACUUGUCACGAGUGCCCACCUGCCAGCCAAGCUGGACUUAUUCUUCCUGCCUCUGUGCCUUGUCAGUCUCCCCUCCCCCGGCCCCACUCCAGGGGCACUGUGGGUGUCACCUUCACGGACUCCCCGUCUGUCGGUUUCACCAGCUGGAGUGCUCUGCGCACACACGGCCCUUCCUCUUGCUCGAGCUCUGGUUGGCGUGAACUCCUUCAAGGCAGGUGCCUUUGUCGUCAUCUCUGUUCCCUGGAGUGGGCACAGGAGCAGACCUGUGGGUGCUUGCAGCCUGGGGGGAGGGGGCAGAGAGAACCAGCCAGUGGAGCACAGAGGGCAGACGUAGAGGAAACAUGCCAGGCGUUUGGAGACAGCUGGAAAGUUUGGAGACAGCUGGAAACUAUCCAUGCUGGUUUUCAUGGUUUUGAAAUCUCUGACUGAAUUGUUAAAAUUGCCUCUUCUUAGUUCCGUGUAGUGUCUGCCACACUGUGGUGUGCUAGGCGAGGUGUCUGAGAAACGGCGGCAAGCCAGCCACAGCAGAGAUGUGAUUUGGGGAAGCUUCAGAAACCAGAGAUUUCUCAUGAUGCCACUCGGUAACUGUUUUAUUUCUGUAGCAGAAUCGUUUUUUCUGUGUGUGGUAUUAAUACUUAUGUGCUUCAGUGGUGGGAAAACUUGAAAAUUCCAAAAUCCUUAUUUCUUCCCUGUUUGAGAGGCUGGUUAAGUAGGGUGUGUGUGUGUGGAUGUGUGUGUGGGCGUGUGAUGUAUUUAUUACAUUAUUUUGAAAGAGUGAUCGUCUGUUAUGUGGAUAUACAUUAGGUUCAGCCAAAGCAAAUGUUUUGGCGAGGAAGGUAGGAUUCAUGAAACUCAGGCCUUAACCAGUAGGUUGGGCGACAAGACCAACUGAAGCGUCAUGAAAUGUCUUUUUGUUGCUCCUGUUGUUUCUGUCUUGGGGUUCAUUCUUUAAUGAUUAUUAAAAUCUUGUGCCUGAAAGUUUAUUUUGCUUAAUUAUAAAGUAGACAUGCAUGUUUAUAUUUAUGUAAAAUAUUUGCUGUAAAGUUUUUUUGGUGUACUCUCUUCAAAGAUCACUGUAUUUAAGUAAAACAUGAAGGUCAGCAAUACACUUCAUGUCUCAGUGGGU